AUGCCGUCCAGCUUUGCUAUGACCAGUAGCAAAUUCGAAAUGCUGUACUGGGAGGCAGGUCUCGAAGCUGACCAACUAUACCAGAGUCACGACACAGCUGUCUGCCGCGCCACAGCCUCAGCGUUCCAGGCAUUUGUGCAUCGUGGUGAUUGGGCCGAUCCCAUCUACCAUCGGGGUGAAGCGGCGUUUGACCGCGGCGAUCUGUCGACUGCGAUGCAUGCCUGGUCGAUGGCAGCUGUGGCUGGCAUAGAAGAAGCCCAAGACAAUAUGGCGCAGAUUUUCGACCAAUUUACCACUUGGGCUCACAAGCCGGAGAAACGCUCGACUGACGCUCUGGCACUCACAUAUUGGGCGCAAAGUGCUCUGCAAGGCAGCACGCUCGCACGAUCCAAAAUAUGUGACUACAUUCUGUUCGGCCUUGUGCCUGGUAGUCACGCUCAGGCUGCACGCUGCUACCGUUCUCAGGUGGAUGGAUCGAGCGAUCUGACAAACAAGUGGCGCCUUGCACGGCUGUAUGAGGAUGGCGCGGAUGGAUUUGAGCGUGACUUUCCACUCGCGAAGCGCUUGUAUGAUGUCAUUCUAAUGCAUCACGACAUGUUAAAAUUAACUGUGUCGCUUGUACUGUUCCGAUUGCAUGUCAAAGCAUUUUGGGCUAUGCUGUCGGGCGAUAUCACUGCGCAGCGCUUGUUUACAUCCUACUUGCCUACCUUUUCUCUGAUUCCUACGGUUCACUUUUCUGCUGACCUGAUUUUCGACAUGGUUCUUUUUCUUGUUGGCGCCGGUGGUCUGGUUGCGCUUCUGCUGAUGCGCCGCCACAUGCAAGGACGCAUGGCCGAGGCUGACCAGGCAUUUCAACGGGCACGUGCAUUGCACUGA